UCUUAACAAACCAGCUUCAAGGACACUUUCGAAAAAAAAUCCAUAAAAAUUACAUAGCAGCAUGAAAGAUGGCAAAGAUACAAUGAAAAUGAUGGUUGCACCGAUAUUACAUCCCAUCCAAUUUGACUACAGUGACAUUAAGUAAGUAUAGGAAACGAACGUUGCCGCCGCGAAGAAUCGGCUUCCUAGUCUUAUAUUCGCUUCGUGUCAGCACAAUACGGCUAGUACGCAGUCGAGUUUUAUCACGUGUAUAUGUAGUAUCAUCACUGCAAGCACCACUGUUAUCGAAAACUUGUUUUCGCUUCUUUUUUAUUUGCACAGGUAGACAAAGAUAAGAUAUUGAAGACAAUUGUUAUUUAAUUGGUGACGCUUUGAAUUCAUAUUUGGUGAGGUUUUAUCAGUUGUGAAUUGAUAAGUGUGGAAUAUUACAGUGUCAGAAGUUUGUGGAGCUGAUUAGACAUGUUAAGUGUAUAAAUAGAUAUUUAAAAUACAACAUUCUCUAAAAUUAUUAAUUUACAUGCAAGAGAAUCAAAAAUGAUACCACAUCUACUUCGGUUGGGAAUGCUUUUAUGCUUGUCGAAACUCUCUCUCCAGCAACAGGCAAUAGGUUCUCCAAGCUACGUUGGUGCAGUGGUCGAGUAUCAUCCGGUGACCGACGGCGACGAUGGCUCUACGAUAGCCGUGGCGAAUGCCAAUAAUUACCGGACUAUUAUCAAGAACGCCUCAGAAUACAAAGUUGACAUCAUUGUUUUUCCUGAAUUCGGCUUGACAAGUCUUCCCAAGGAUGGCAACGGAGCGGAGAAAAAAUUCAAUGCCACCGAGUACAGAGCCUACUAUCGGAAUACUGCAUCAUAUAUCCCAAAUCCUAAUGAAAGUGUCAUACUCUGUGACACCGAUAACAAAUAUCAAACAUCACUGCAAACUAUCUCAUGUGCAGCUCGCGAGUACAAGAUGUACGUUGUAGUGAAUCAUCAUGAGCACGCUGACUGUCCAAAAUCAAAUUGCGCUCCAGGCAAUUUCCUACUCUACAACACCAACGUUGUAUUCGAUCGUAAAGGCAAAGUCAUUGCCAAGUAUCGCAAGUACAAUCUAUUCAACGAACCUGGUACAAAUGUCACUGCGCAGCCCGAAUACUCAACCUUCACCACUGACUUUGGCGUAACUUUUGGCCAGUUCAUCUGUUUCGAUAUAGUGCAGGAAAAACCGGCGAAUUUUUUCGUAAGAAAUCCAAACGUUACGGAUAUCGUGUAUUCCACUCAUUGGUAUGACGAAUUGCCAUUCAACGACGCUAUUCAACAACAAGCAGCCUGGGCUUAUGGGGCUGACGUUAAUUUACUCGCGUCGGGUUACAGUGACGCACAAACAUCGAGUGGAGGUAGUGGAAUUUACGCCGGAAAAAGAGGUCCUAUCAAGAUCCAUCAACCUAGAGAAACGUCAAAUGCAUUAGUUGUCGCGAAGAUAUCAAAACUCAACAGACAGAAGCGUAUCGAAGAUGUGCGUGCAGGACGCUCGUUUGUUCACGUAUUCAAGCAAGCGGAAAUACCAACCGUUUCCGGUGUACCACUGCAUGCACCACCUUAUCCUCCAUAUUUUCACGAUGAUUUGAGACCUUAUACAACUCAGUUAUUAGAUCCUACCCAAGGAUCGCAUAUUACGACGCUUUGUGAUAAUGAACUCUGCUGUGAUUUCCAUGUGGAGACCAACUAUGAUAAGAAGGCUGCGGAUACGCCUAAUACUCAACAAUACAAGUAUCGCGUAGCCGUGUUCAAUGGGGUUCGCAAUGUAAUGAAUCAAACAACCGCGGGUCUGGAAGUAUGCGCUUUGAUAGCAUGUGCAGGUGACCGUAUCGAAGAUUGUGGCUCGAUUUAUCACGCAAACUUGUCGGUAGUACAACCGACGACGUUCGACUCGUUUAUAAUCACUCGUCGUGCUAAUCUAAGUAGUCGAGUGUUUUACGAACCAUCGACUUUGACCAUGACGGACCGCCAACCUAUCGACAAUGGAGAUUUCGCUUACGUCAUCAGUGGUCACAAGAAUUCUAGUUUACUGCUAAUGUAUCUUGUUAGACCAAAAAGCGAUGUUAUGACUUUUGCCAUUUAUGGCAGGAAAUUUGACAGAGAUGGAGAAGAAGUGACUCGACCUAAAUCCAAUGGACCUAGCAUUACUCCGUCAUUUGUUGUCGUGAUGAUGAUAAUGAUACUUAUGACUUUAAGAAAUUGCAAAUGAUGUUCAUUUGAUUGUCAAGUAUAUUAAUUAUGAGAGAGGAUUGGAUAUGAUUAUUAUAUACUGCACUUGACUUUUAUAUGUGAGAACUUUACUUUUUGUGAAUCAAAAAUUAUAAAUUUUUUUUGUACAUAUUUUCGAUAUGUUUAUUUUAAUAAUCAAUGUAAAAAAUAGUAACUCCAUGAGCCUUUUUACAAAAAAAAAGUAUUUUUUAUCUACUAGAAAAUGAAUUUUUUACAUUUGUGUUUAAUUUAUUUACAGAUAUUUCGUGUAUUCUAAAGCAUUAUCCGACUGUCAUAUACUUUUAAUAUAGUUGUGCAACAAUAAUGUAUGUCAUUUCUUAAAAUAGCCUUGCAUUUAAAUAGAUAAGACCGGACUAGUUUU